CUGAAGCCGAAAUAAUCUAUUUUCCCUGCCGUAGCUAUUCAGUUUUAUGGUGCGUAGUACUAUCACAGGAGUAGUGCGCAAUUAGGCAUAACCAGAGAGACAGAGGGGGCAUUUCUGCAGUACAAUUGGUUAUUAAUAAGUAGCGUAAAAUCGCAGUAUUUUUGUUCGUGGAUUUUGACUUGCGCGUGUGCGUAAAGAAUGACUGCUGAAGUCCAGCAGCCCUGCGUGCAGACCCCUGCACACAGUAGCCCCAUGUCGGAGAAACCGCACGGACAAACGCCUGUGAUGGAGACCUCCUCUUCCUCCUCCAGCACCAAAACAAAAAAGUCGACCGCUGGAAUCCGUCGUCCUGAAAAGCCCCCGUACUCUUACAUCGCUCUCAUUGUUAUGGCCAUCCAGAGCUCUCCAACCAAACGACUGACUCUGAGCGAAAUUUACCAGUUCCUCCAGAGCCGCUUCCCGUUUUUCAGAGGCUCAUAUCAAGGCUGGAAAAACUCGGUGCGUCACAAUCUGUCUCUGAACGAGUGCUUUAUUAAGCUGCCCAAGGGUCUGGGCAGACCAGGGAAGGGUCACUAUUGGACCAUCGACCCGGCCAGCGAGUUCAUGUUCGAGGAGGGAUCUUUCCGCAGGAGGCCGCGGGGAUUCAGGCGCAAAUGUCAGGCGCUCAAACCUUCCAUGUACAGCAUGAUGAACGGGCUGGGAUUCAAUCACAUACCCGAGUCCUAUAACUUUCAGGGGGGCGGCGGGGGCCUGUCUUGUCCUCCAAACAGUUUCCCUUUGGAGAGUGGGAUUGGGACGAUGAAUGGACAUUUGGCCAGCAAUAUGGAAGGAAUGGGCUUGGCAGGACACUCCAUGUCCCAUCUAUCAACGAAUAGUGGACAUUCCUACAUGGGCAGUUGCACGGGAUCCUCGGGGAGUGAAUACCCCCACCACGACAACUCUGCAUCGCCGCUUCUUGCCAGCGGGGGAGUGAUGGAGCCGCAUGCCGUGUAUUCUAGCACAGCCUCGGUCUGGCCUCCAGCGUCCCCGGCCUCUCUAAACAACGGGGCGUCUUACAUCAAACAGCAGCCGCUCUCGCCGUGCAACCCUGGAGCCAAUCCACUGCAGCCCAGUUUACUCACACACUCUCUGGAACAGUCCUACCUGCACCAGAAUGGCCACGGAACCACCGACCUUCAAGGUAUACCGCGCUAUCAUUCCCAAUCGCCAAGCAUGUGUGACAGGAAAGAGUUUGUCUUCUCUUUUAACGCCAUGUCCUCUUCAUCAAUGCAUUCACCAGGGAGUAGCUCCUACUACCACCAUCAGCAGGUCUCCUAUCAGGACAUCAAACCCUGUGUGAUGUGACAGCAUUGUUACAUGCAACUACUCUAUGCAACGACGAGAAACAGCGCAAAUAGACCCAAAUGAACCAUGGAAACCUACAGCUUCAGACCUCUGCGAAGAAGGCCUGGGACAAAAUAAAAUCAAAAGCAUCUCGUUUCCAACAGCUCGGUACUAACUCUGCUGGCGACUGACUACCACGCUCGGAGAUGCAAAGAUGAGUGAAACGCUCCGAUAUAUUGAUAUAUUGUUCUAUAAGUCGAGUUUGAAACGUUUGUAUGUUUUUCCACAAUAAUUUUCAUUUCGGUUUAAAUGGUGAACACCGUAAGAACGCGAAAUGAAGGCACUUUUAAACCUAAAGCGCAAUGUAUUUAUUAUUUUCAAAUGUUUAAUUUUUGGCUACAGUUAUAGCCACGGCGUUUUAGUGCCACGUUAAAAAAAUAUUUAAAAAUCUAAGAUUACGAUAUUAAAGUCGUAAUAUUUCGAGAAUAAAGUCGAAAUAUUCCGAGAAUAAAGACGAAAUGUUUUGAGAAUUUAAAUAGUAGAAAUUAAAGUUAUAAUAUUUUGAGAGUAGCCUAUAGCCCUAUGGCCUGGAUUGAGAGCACCGGGAGAAGUUGCCAGGCCACCGGAAUUGAUUUGAAUAUUGUUGAGUCCAGGCGACCGCAUCAUCUUAUUGGGAUGAGGAGGAGUCCAUUUUAAGGACUUUAAGGACGGAAACAGCUUAAUAUCAAGAAUAUGAUAUUUAUUAAAAGACUGAACAGGAACAACCUUUUAUUUUAACAUCAGCUCACACACACCCAAUCGACAUUCCUUUGGGGGUCGCUGUAGCUCUCUUAUUUAACCCUUUUUUAAUACACUACAAAUAUAUGUGGGAUUAUUAGUAGAAAUCAUACCAUGUGUCAUACUCGCGGGGACAGUAUGCUUGGAAAUAAUAUUCCAUGUCUUCCAUUGCAUUCGUUAUUUGUAGUGCGCCAGCCACCCAAUAGCAAUAAGCUUUGUGCUUUUGGUAGGCCUACUUUUAAUAUAA